AUGGCCGACACAAGUGCUACGCCGGCCAAGCGCAUUUCCAGAGCAUGUACUUUCUGUCGCGCUCGCAAAAGCCGAUGUGAUCUCGAAGCCUCAAGCGGCAAGCCUCCGUGUGGACGCUGCAAAAAGGACGGUCGCGAAUGCGUCUUAGCGACCUCCAACCGUGGCGGGAGUCGCAUCAGGAAAAAGAACCUGUCCACUUCCAAUAUCUCGACGCUCACCAACCCUCGCCCGUUAACAACGGUCCACCGCUACAAUGGUAACCGCCAGGCAACGCCUCGGACUGGCCUACAGCCACCGGCGCAUGACGGCAAUUCCGUCACUUCCACUGCAGGGAGUCUUCCAAGUGAAACACCCCUCGUCAACGUCGUGGACGAUGAUGACUCGGCGUCUACGGUCGACAGUACAAUAGGGAACACCAUACCCAGAAACCCAUCCGAUGCGUGGCAGUUGUUGAAAGAUGUUGCAAGCCGAGAAGCAGAUCAUCUACAGGCCGCGCAAGGCGGUGGUGGCCACACCCAUCUUUCCCAUGAGGCUGUUCCAAGUGGUGGCAGAGGCGAGCCAAGAGAUUCUGUCAACGGCAUCCAUGCUGGCAUCUCAAGUUAUCGACUGGUACGAGAAGGUUACCUAACGCCCGACGUGAUCCAGAUGCUCGUCAGACGCUACGCCGAGCAUUAUCACCCCUACCUGCCGUUGGUGCCACGAAAAUACUUCGAUCCAGCUCAAUUGGACUUGUUCGCCAUCAACGACAAACACCUUCUGACCGCCGUGCUCACCAUAUCUUCCAAGGACCUCGUUGAGCAGCCCAAUGUUCACAUGUGUUGUUCCCGAUACAUGCAUGAUCUGAUCUCAGGGAUUGCCGCUGGCCAUGACUGCGAUGUGGAGGCCGUGGAGGCUUUAUUGCUGCUGGCUGAGUGGGAACCGCAGGGACUGCGUAACCGGAUCGAAGCGGUAGGAAGAGGCGAGGAAGACCGGUCAGCCUGGAUGCACGUCGGAAUCGCUCUCCGCACGGGUUACUUUUUGGGCCUGGAUCGGACUGCUUUUCGCCAGGAGUCGGCUGAAGAGGCGAGAAUCGACGGGCGCAAACGACUGGCUUGGGCCAAUUGUUAUGUGUUCGACCGCCUGAUUUCUGUGAGAAUUGGCAAGGCGUUCUGGUCUCGUGGGCCGGGGCCCAUGACCGGCUUGUCAUCUCAGGACUUCCCUUCUCUGCAGCCCUUCAGUCCUGGGGACGAGGACUACGCCAAAAUCAUGCAAGCCACACUGGAUUUGACCCAGCUCUACUCUAACGUCCAUGAUGUGCUCUAUUCGGGCAUGCGGACGAGCGGGCAGAUGAUGCUUAUGGGGGAUUAUGUCAAGUACGUGGACGACUUCCGAAUGGCCAUCGCACGCUGGAACACCACAUGGGGAAAGCUGGAGUGCUCGCCCCAUAUCAAGGUCACGCUGCAAAUGUCGUAUGAAUAUCUGUGCCUCUACACCAAUGCUUUUGUCUUCCAGGCAGCAAUAUCUCAGGCUGUCGCCAUCAAGCCUAAAAGCGAUGCACACUCAGUCCGGGAUCACUUGCGCAGCGUGUUCAGCAAUGUGGGCGCCAUGCCGGAUGCACGCUUCAUCUGGGCCAGCGUUGCUGCAGCCAAGGCAUACCUCACCCUGUUAAGCACUCAGAUCGAUCCCAGCAGAUACCUGCGGUAUCUGCCGUUGCGAUAUUAUCUCUACUGCAUCUACUCUGCGGUUUUUCUGUACAAAGCUCGAUCGUUUGGAGUCAUGACCGACAUGGAAGAACGACAAGUGCGCCAACUGGUCGCGCAGGCCAUGGAGGUGAUGAAGAGGGCAUCUGUGUCGGCGCAGGACCCGGGCUCGCGGUAUGCCCGGUUACUAGAACUGUUAUGGAUGAAACCUCCCAAGGGCACUUCUCAUGGCCAGCCUCAGAUGCAGUCACCCGCGGCAUCGGAUACUCAGCUGUCGUCGACAGGCAGCGUGCGCGUGGACGCUCAGGGCUACAUGCAGUACAGUCCGGCCAACGAUUUCUCGUGGCUCGAUCUUGAGGCGGUGGGUGACUAUGUCUCGGGGGAUCAAAUGCCGGGGAGCGGAAUCAAUCUUCUUCCGCCCAUGGGUCACGGUGGGUAUGAAGCGACAUCUUCGUUCAUGCCGCAAACACAGGGAAUGCCUUGGCCGCAGCAGAACAGUGGCCUAAACUGGAAUAUUGACGGAUCAACCAGUCUGUUUUUCUAG